ACCUAUUUGAUUUCCUUGUUUUCAGGUAUCAGCACAUCAUUCUCAUAAAGGAAAGAGAAACUAUGAUCCUUCUACAAAAGGCUCUAAUAUUACAUAAAACUGUCACUAGAAUUCUUGUAUCUAGGGCUAUUGGUCACGCAAACAUGAAGGAGCUAGAGCCCCCCAUCCCUGGACUUAAUGCUCGACCUCUUCUAACAGCAGAACCAUCAAUGCUGACGAGGGUUUUGCAACCCAGUGAUAGGUUUGUCAUAUUUGCAUCUGAUGGGCUUUGGGACUUUUUGACAAAGGAGCAGGCUGUUCGUAUUGUGAAUAAACACCCGCACAAAGCGAUUGCUAAAAGACUUGUCAAGAUAGCUUUAAUAAAGGCAGCGAAGAGGAGGCAGAAGAGCUUUGAUCAUCUUAUGAGUGUUCCAAGAGGCCGGGAGAGGCAGUCUUUCCAUGGUGAUAUCACAGUUGUUGUCAUCUUUAUCGAACCUAAAUUGCUGGAAAUUGAGCAAGAUGUCUCAAUGGCACAGUUUUCUGUUGGUGCAUUUAGCAAACAGGCUGGACUAUCACAAUUUAACACAAAGUUAUAUAGUAAAGUUGGUCCAAGUAUAAGUCAACCAUUUGAAGGGACAAGUUCAAGUUCAAGUCCAGAGGAUGAGGAUAUGAGUCCAAGUCCACCAUUUGAAGAGACUGUUUCGAGGGAACCAUCUUUCAGAUUUUGGGAUAAGUCCUCCGACUGACGAAGCAACAGCAAGUCACCCAGACAUGCUUUGUGGAAUUGCAGAAACCACGUUCAACAAGCUUUUAUUGAUACCAACUUCAUAUUUGCAACGGCUUUUAAUUGUGAUUUUUGUUACCUGCAUAAAAACAGUGAGGCUUCUUGUUGGCUGAUAAACUUUGAGUACUCUUAUUCUGUAAUAAGUACUUUGAUUUGAUCUCUGACUACACUCAAUCAUGAUCACCUCAUAGCUAGCAGCUUAAAGGCCUGAAAUAAUUUUAGUUGAGAGAUAGAUAUAAUUGGGGUUCAGUUUGACUCCACAGGAGGUACAUGUAUAUUUCCCCUUCAAGCUCUAUCACUAAAUAUACAAAACCACCACUUAAGAUCUCAAGGAAAAGCAUAAUCUGGCUUUAAUAGCAGUUCACACCUUCAUGGCUAUUAGUAGAAAUUAGAGUAUCCCAAACUGUAAAGGAACAAUAGUUUGCACAUUUUUGAAGUGUAAGCCUUGUAGCAAUUACUUUUUGCUUGUUCUUAUAAUGGGUAGAUGUACUGUGUCCCAAACAGACAUAUUGUGCCAGACAUAAGCAACUCCAAGAAUCUAGCAACAAAGGAUACUGUUAUCA